GACCACGUCAGGGUCAGCGGAGCCUUCCUGCCCCUGCUGAGGGGGGGAUAUGGACAGGUGACACAGGGUUUGCUGUCAGAGACCUUUCGUCCAAAUUCCCGAAUUUUGCCCGAAUUCCCGGGUUUUGCCCCAAUUGCAGGUGAGGAUUUCUACGGGAAGUUGGCGGCCUCCAUCGCCCCCGAGAUCUUCGGCCACGAGGACGUGAAAAAAUCGCUGCUGCUGCUGCUGGUGGGGGGCGUGGAGAGGAGCCCCAGGGGCAUGCGAAUCAGGGGGAACAUCAACAUUUGUCUGAUGGGGGACCCCGGCGUGGCCAAAUCUCAGCUCCUCUCCUACAUCGACCGCCUCGCCCCGCGCAGUCAGUACACCUCUGGCCGUGGCUCCUCGGGCGUGGGUCUCACCGCCGCCGUUCUCCGCGACCCCAGCACGGGUGAGCUCACUCUCGAGGGCGGCGCUCUGGUGCUGGCGGACGGCGGCGUUUGCUGCAUCGACGAAUUCGAUAAAAUGCUGGAGGGCGAUCGGGUGGCGCUGCACGAGGCCCUGGAGCAGCAGAGCGUGGCCGUGGCCAAAGCGGGCGUGGUGGCCACUCUGAGCGCCCGCUGCGCCGUCCUGGCGGCCGCAAACCCCGCCCUGGGACGCUACGACCCCGCCCGGGGGCUGGACAAGAACCUGGGGCUGCCCGCGGCGCUGCUGAGCCGCUUCGAUCUGGUCUGGGUGCUCCAGGACCGGCCCCACAGACACCGGGACCUGCGGUCAGUCAAAC